AUGGCGUCAUACUUCGACCUCCAGCCGCAGAAGGCGCCGCCAGCUACGAAUAUAGAUCAGAUACCUCAAGACCAGCGCAAGCAACUCGGUCGCAUGAACAGUUUGAUGUCCCCAGCAGUCACUCAAAUAUUGGAAGGUUUAGGCGACGAAGGAUCGGACAGUGAUAGCAGCGAAGAAAAAGACCCAUCCGAAGAAGAAGAUCAACGUGCCGCUCAACAACACACUAAGCCAGCACUCGACCCCCAGAAAUUUCGCCAAGACAAGCAAAAGCACGUCGCUGCCCAGGCGCCUCGCCCUUCAUCUUUAUCACCAAGCAGAAGUUCCCUGAAGACGACCAGCAAAAACCCUGGCCAUUCUAAGCCGUCUUCGGCGCAUGGCAGCGGAGAUAAGUCCGCAAAGUCCAGACAAAAACAGCCGCACAUGGCACGAUUCCAUUCCCUGCGCAGCAUGCUUUUCCAACAGAGGAUUCAAGACCAGAUGAAGACUGCCACGCAAGAAGAUUGCCAGCAGGAGCAAAAUGCGGCCGACAAAUGGCGGUCUCAACACGCCGAACGCCAGAUGCAUCACCCGGGAACAACCGACCAGGACGCUUCAGGAAAAGGUGGAAUUGGAAGUAGAAUUCGGAUGACAGUAAGACGGAUGACUACCAAGGACGCAGGGAGCAUGGAGAGGAUUAGGGAGGAUGGUGCGCCGGUCGAGUUCAAUGAUCGCGCAUCAACAGCUUCCUCUGACAACGAGAAAGAUCAACGAGAAGCAUCGACGACUCGUUAUGAAAGUGACAAUGAGAGCAUCGAUCAUUCCGAUGUGGACGAAUUAGUACGAUGGGUUAGCCGACGAGAUCCCCCUAGCGAUGGUGAACGACGAAAGGGCGGCGACGUGGUGGAAGCCAAAGAAGACAGUGGCCAUGAGAGCCUGGGGCCAUCAGACGUUGAAGACCUUGUUCGCUUUGCCAGCAGGAAAUCUGACGCCAAAGAGACUGCCGUAUUGAACGACGCACAUUCAGGAUACAGCGACGCAUCAACCGAAUCCGACAGCGAACUCAGAGAAGUAUCCUCAGACGAGGAAGAAGACGCAGACGACCUCGUACGCUGGAUAUCGCACCGCGACGGUCCCAAAGCCGGCCCCGUACGCCGCAACCUCCAACGACCCGAAUUAGAUUCCGACGUAGGCGAGCACUAUGACUCCGACGUCCCUGAACUAGGCCGCUGGUUCAAGCGUCACGACGGCACGAGCGGCGAAUCCGCGGCUUCCACUCCAGUCAAAGAAACUUUUGACGAAAUCGACGAAGAAGAACAGCGAGGCCGCCCCCGAAGCCGCGAGUCCAUCGAGCCCAUCAAAGAAAAACGCCACAUCACCGACGACGACGUCGACGAGCUCGUCCGCUGGGUCAGCAGAAAAGACUCCAAACAACAAGACUCCCUCGGACCCGUUUCUGAAAACCCAAUCGACCGUCUUAAGCGCGAGGAGGAAGAGAAACAAGCGCAAAUCGGCAUGAGUGUCGAUGACGGCAGUCUCUCACACGCCGAUCUGCAAGAAGUCGUAGAGCACGCAAGGAAAACGAGCGCUGAUAUGGUCAGCCCGCCGCCUGCAUCACCGUUUGCAGUCGAGACGGGCGACUUGCGGGUGCUGAGGGAUGAGAAAACCAAGGCGACACCUCUGGAGCGCGAUUCGCAGCGUGAUUUAGACGGAAAGAGGGAGAAUCUUGAUGAGAAGAAACAGGAGCUGGGUAUGAGUCUUGACGAUGAGAGUUUGAGUCAUAAUGACGUGGCGGAGUUGAUUGAGCAUGUUAGGAAGAUUUAA